AUGGAAUAUGUGAUCCGGCUUGCCCAAUGGCAUGAAACCUUCCGCGUCGCGGAACUCCAAGCCGUGGCCACUGCCAUCGGGGCCGACAUUGAGAUUAUUUCCUACGAGGACGCUUCACCAUAUUGCAUCGUCAAGCUUCCAGAUGAAGCAGCCGCACGCGCAUUGAUCGCGAAAUGCAUCUUAGCCAAAGACAUCUACGAGUUAUGGGGCCAUGGCACCAACUACGAAGAAGUUCACGCAGACGUCAAGCAACGGACUCCGCAUCUCUGGGCGCAGUAUGAAAAUGUCCAAUUCGGCUUCGACUUAGAUGCAUAUGUAGGAAAGCGCAGCCAAGCCAAAAGAGUGGAGAUCAUCAAGUCGUUCUCCUACGUGGGAUUCAAAGGCCCUCUCAAAUUGAAGAAUCCAGAAAACCAGUGGUUGAUCAUGGAGAGAUACUUCUCUCCCAGCGGAGUACCUGGGGCCGAGAGAGAGAAGAAUCCCGAGCCGCUCCACAUCUAUUUUGGGCGCUACCUGGAUAAAAGCGGUCGAGGCAUUAUUGUCGACUACGAUCUGAAGAAACGGAGCUACAUUUCAACUACUACCAUGGACGCGGAGUUGAGUCUCGUAACGGCAAAUUUAGCGCUCGCGGGACCUGGAAAGAUCUUCUAUGAUCCUUUUGUUGGAACUGGGAGUUUCUUGGUGGCUGCGGCACACUUUGGAGCCUUGACAAUGGGCUCGGAUAUUGAUCCUCGCAGUUUCCGAGGAAAAGACGAGGAGCGCAGUGGUCCGCGUGAUAUCGCGAUGCUACGAAACUAUAAGCAGUAUGGCACCAUGAGCAAGUUUGUUGAUGCUUUCACUUCUGAUCUCACCAAUACACCUUUGCGUAAUGGCCAACUCCUCGAUGGUAUUAUCUGUGAUCCUCCCUAUGGUGUGCGAGAAGGUCUUCGAGUUCUGGGAACUCGAAACGGGAAGGUUGUUGAGCCAGUCAUCAUUGAUGGCGUUCCUGCUCAUUACCGGCCUGGAUACAUUCCGCCCAAGCGGCCCUACGGAUUCGAAGCCAUGCAGAAGGAUAUCCUCGAUUUUGCGUCUCGAACCCUUGUUACCAAUGGCCGUCUUGCAAUGUGGAUGCCGACGGCUAUUUCGGGUGACGAUUUGAAGGUACCCAUGCACCCGAACCUGGAAGUUGUCACUGUCUGUGUUCAAUCGUUCGGCACCUGGUCCCGCCAACUUAUGACCUAUCGCCGUCUCCCCGAAGGCGAGGUCUCUGAUACAUCACAGGGCAGAUCGAAGGUCGACAAUUGCGGUGUUACAGCAAGCGAGGUCAAUGCUUUCCGGCGAACGUACUUCAAUAGGCACUCAUCUAGGGGAACCGCAGAUUAA